AUGGGGACUUGUUGUGUGUGAAUCAGGCCGGAGGUGAAAGAGCUUCCUUAUAAGAAAGCUAAUAGUCCAGGAAUGGGGAGGAGUAUGGUAGCUGGGAAAGAACCCCUCGUUACAAAAGAUUAUGAGUUCUUGAAGGUUAUUGGCACUGGUAGUUUUGGAAAGGUGUAUCUUGCCAAACUUAGAAAACAAGGGAUUCAAAAUAAGAGCGAAGACGAAUUAUUUGCAAUUAAGGUUUUAAAGAAAAGCAAUAUUGUUGAUAAAUAAACAGAAAGACCACAUCACUAACGAGAGAAAUGUUAUGAGCAAGAUAGAUCAUCCAUUCAUCGUCAAAAUGCAUCGGGCUUUCCAAACUGAUAAAUAAAUUAUAUUUUGUACUUGACUUUCUCAACGGGGGCGAAUUACAUUUCCAUAUGAAAAAAGAAGGAAGAUUUACAGAAAACAAAGCUAGAUUCUAUACUUCAGAAGUCAUACUCGCAUUGGAACAUCUACAUGAGAAUGGGAUUAUUUAUAGAGACCUCAAACCUGAAAAUAUCCUUGUGAAUCAAGAUGGGCAUAUUAAGUUGACUGAUUUUGGUCUCUCUAAAACAGGGAUGAUGGGAGGAAAUCAAGCGUUUACCUUCUGAGGAACACCUGAAUACUUAGCUCCUGAAGUAAUCAACGGAAAGGGUCAUAGUAAAAGAGUCGACUGGUGGUGCCUUGGACUGCUUCUCUAUGAAAUGCUGUCUGGAUCUCACCCAUUUAAGUCUAGAAGGAAGAAUAGAAAAGAAAUAUUUAGCCAAAUAACAGAUAAGCCUGUAGAAAUGCUGCCAGGGUUCUCAGAAGAAGCAUCUGACCUCAUCUCUGGACUUCUCAAAAUCGACCCUGAUGAAAGAUUAGGAAGCUCUGAGAAAGGAGUCGAAGAAAUAAAGGAACAUAAAUUUUUCAAAAACGUCGACUGGGAAAAAGUGUAUCAUAGAGAAGUGUCUCCUCCCUACCAGCCUUGAUUAGUAGAUUCAUCAGACUUAAGAAAUAUUGACUCAAGUUUUACAAACAUGAGUGCGAAUGAUAAUGAUGAAGAAAGGAUCACAUCCUCGGAGCUAAACUUUAAGGGAUUCUCUUUUGAGAAUAGCGGACCUCUUAGCUCAAGCAUUGAGAGCUAAUUUCCCCAUACUAGUUAUACUUUAUUAAAUUUUGUUA